AUGGCAGAGGCGCUUGGCAUUGUUGGCAGCUCUACCGCGGUCCUUCAACUUGCGACAAAGCUUGUCUCCCUGGGUUACGAAUACAUCUCGGGCUUGAAGGAUGCGCCAAGAGAGAUCAGACAGCUACUGAACGAGCUUCACUCAUUUUCUCAGAUUCUUUUCAAUUUACGGGACUUCGUUCGAGAUAGAGCAGCGGACAUUCAGCAAGAAAUCCUAACGAUGCUCGAUGGCCAAAAUGGGCUACUGUCUGAACGUCUAAAGGAACUCAAGAGAAUUCAGUUAAAAAUUGAGCCGAAGAUUGAUCAAGGAGCAAUUGACCACUCUGUUCGGGAUACAAAUCGUAUUGCCAGCAACCUCCAAGCCAACGCCCUGGCACAGACCGCUCUGACUACAGCCAUCGAUAAGUCGGUUGGGGAUACAAAUCGUAUUGUUCACAACCUUCAGGCAGAAUCUUCAGCACAUAUUGUUCUGUCGGGAUCAAUUCUAGGAUCUAUUCAUACCGAGGCUGUAGAAUCCCAGGCGGUCCGAAACCAAGUUGAAGAGAGAGAAAGGGUGAAGAGGUGCAAUGAUGUGCUCGAGUGGCUAUCGAAAACACUCGGCAAUUUUGACAAUAAACAUCCUGAGAUUAGUAGGGAAAGAAGAGUCAAUACCGGAAAAUGGCUUUUGAGGGAGCCUGCUUUUGAGAGUUUUAUGAAAGGAGAUCCGGAUUUUCUGCUAUUAUGGGGUUACGGAAUUCGUACCUCAAUGGUUAUCGAUCAUCUUAAAGAGAACGCUUCAAUCAAAAGAUACGGGGUAGCCUAUAUCUACUUCGACUUCGCGGACCAAGCUCGACAAAAACCGAUUUCUAUUUUAGCAAAUCUACUAAAACAACUCGCGAAUCAAAUACAGGAACUACCUCUAGAACUAGAGGAGUUAUACACAAAGUCAGAGCGAGCAAGUGAAACCCCCACGUUACAAGACCUACAGAGAAUUCUUCUUGUAUUAUCAAACACUUUCAGUCGGGUAUUUCUCAUAUUUGAUGCGUUGGAUGAAUGUAACGAAGAUACCCAGCGAAAAGAACUUCUCCCUCUAUUUCUCAACCUUUCAAAACUUGGCACAGGUCGAAUCAGCAUAUUUUUGACGAGCCGGCCACACCCAGAAGAUAUUCGAGACUCUUUCAAAGGCACAGCACAGAUUGAACUAAGGGCUAGGGAUGAGGAUAUGGAAAUCUAUAUCAAGGAGAAAAUAGAUGAGAGCCCACGCUCACGACGCCUUCUCGGGCAGAAAGACUUGGAAUCUAAGAACAAAAUUAUAUCAGACCUCACAGACUGUGCUAAGGGGAUGUGA